GUACAGAUCUCUUCCAAGCUGUCAUGUCGAGAUGCCAUUUGGCGAGCUCUCGAGGAAGAUGAUUGUUAUGUUUUCAGGAUGCUUCAGGACGCUGUAUGUCAUGACAAAGAAGAGAUCAUGGAGCUUCGUGAGGACGACGCAGCUUCGUUCUUGACCCUUGCCGAUUCGGUCUUAUAUGCCAGUGGAUUCGGACGCGGCAUCUUCCCGCGACAUAUUGAUCCUCCUGCACUAGAUGCGGAAACACAGUCCUUCCGAGACCAACUUCGCCGCAUAAGCGUCAGGCUGUCAAUGGCCUCCUUCCGGCUUCCCGAGGGCUUGUACCUCACAGGUGUCACUCUUGAAGACGCGAGACAGGUCGCCGGAGGAUAUGCUGACAUUCAUCGAGGCCAAUACCGAGCCCGCUACGUGGCGCUGAAGACGAUGCGCGUUUGCACGCGCCAGAAGCACAAAAUGCUCAAGUGCUUGAAGAUGUUCUGUCGCGAGAUCACAUUACUGCACAGUCUCAGCCAUCCGAACAUAUGCGAGCUUAUAGGCGUCGAUCGCGAACUCUUCGGAGGACACUUUUGUCUCGUGACGGACUGGAUGCCGUACGGAAAUGUCAUGGACUUCAUCGAAACGUACUCAUUUGUUCUCGACGAAGUCAAGCGAUUUGUGGUGGAGAUAGUCUCGGCCUUGGCAUACCUGCAUAGCAAGAACGUUGUCCACGGAGACCUGCAUGUGAAUAAUAUCCUUAUUGACGCUAGCCGCCACGUUCGCCUCGCAGAUUUCGGAUUGUCGGAUUUUUCCGAUGCGUCUUCUGCUAGUGUCAGCUCUGCGGCCACUGGCGCAGUGCGUUAUAUGGCGCCAGAGAUUUUGUCUCCGGAGGAAUACGAACUAAAGCAUGUUCGCCAUACACCUAAGAGCGACGUUCACUCAUUCGCAAUGUGUAUAUGGGCGAUUUUCAAUGGCGAUUCCCCCUUCCACGGUUAUCCGGCGGUAACAGCCUCCAUAGCUAUCUGCCGUGGCAAGCGCCCAUCGCGAGAUACGGCCAAUCAUGAGCUCCCAGAACCUCUGUGGGUUCUGCUGACGCGUUGCUGGCAGGACAAAGCGAAGGAUAGGCCCUGCUCGUCUGACCUCUACCGCGAACUGUCUCAAAUGUUCCCGCCUCACGCUACGACGGACGCCUACGCCAGAGCUCCAGCUGCCAGCGGACAGGCCGCCCCGUCGCAUCUAUGCCGCAGGGCGAAUAACUUCGGGAAUAAGACGGCCUCUGGCAGCAGGCGAGAGAGCGAUAACGGCACAGUCAGUACACAGACGACUGCUAAGUCUCGUCGCAUUGCGCACUCUGCCAAGACCAGCACCGUUUCUGCGUUCCAGCCACUGCACAUAUUGCAAAGUCCCGUCGCUCGCACCAACCCAAGUCUAGCGCCGCAGUCAGUCCGCAACUUGGCGAGCGUCUACCCCGGUGCGGAGCGCCUCGUCCCCCAAGUGAUAUAUCGGCCCCCGCAGAAUCAAGAGCUGUCUGGCACGAGCGUAUCGCCCAUUAUGUUCUACGUUUCUGAUCCGCGGGGGUGUGGGAUCAGCUGCCUUGACGUGUUCAGUGGACGCUUUACGAAGUUGAAGGAUCCAGAUGAUCUCAUUGAGUGUCAAAGAUCUAUGACUUUGCGAAUAUUGUGGCCUGACUACGAGCCCUGGUCGGCCUCCAUUCUUCUUCCCGCUAGCACCACGCGAGCAGACCUCGCGACGCGUAUCAGUUUCUACACGCAGACAUUCCUCAACGGAUUGUCGACCAAGUGUUUGAGACCUAGCACGCGCUGGCGGCUGGGACCCGAUGCCAUCACGUUCUCCGACCUCGAGCUAGUCGGUGUACAGCCCGUGGCUGCGCAGGACUGGCAAGUCCACUUUCGAGUGCGCGCUAGGCGGCGCCUUUCGCAACCUGACCUGCAUAGACGACUCCCUCGCACUUAAUUUCCUCUCUUCCCAGUGCCCUCAUGCAGUUCCCAUGGUUUCAACAUCUCAUCUCACUGCAAUUCUGCGUCGAUUGAAUGAGGGCUCCCCGCCCUAGGCCUCCUCUCUGGAAGAACGUUUACAAGUCCACCGCUGGCGGCCCGCUAAGCAUUCUGUCGUCGUUGUCACCUCCACAGCGUUGUCUCCUACCGAGCUCUUACAAGCAGACGAGACUAGACCCCGAAUCUCUUCGUAAGACCCGCGUCUCUUGAGUAUCUCAGCUAUAUGACUUCUAGGGUCGCUGUCGUUGCUCUGUUUUGUGAUUUCCAGAUCUCUAUGUAUUAUACCGUCGUUC